AUGUUUCUUGCUAAAGAAUUGAAUCCAUUUGUGGAAUAUUCGGCCAAGUGGCAUGGAAUUGAUGAGGUGGCGAAAAAUGCUUUGGAAAUGGUUGCAGCCUGCCUAAUGUACAAUGCUGUUCAUUUUUUAGAAGGCGAUCUAAUAGGCGGUUACUCUGCCUUUCGAAGCAUUCAAUGGGCUGUAUUGAAUCAUACUAAUCUUCAAAUAAGUUGGGAUUCAGAAAAGUUGGCCGCAGCUGGAGUACACAGCAUUGACGCAAGUGCGACACCGACUUCUAAAAGUGGCAACACUAUUAAGAAAAAGGAAAAAGUCGCAAGCGGAACUAUCACUCUCAGUGGAUUGCUGCCCAGCACCGAUUAUCAACUGAUACUAAAAGCAUUUCAUAGAAGUGCUUAUACUUUUGAAGGCAAAUUUCUGCAUUAUUGGAGGUACACUUUUGUGCUUGGAGAAUUUCCUGCGCGAAUGCAACGUUGUCACAUGCUAGAAGCGAAAAAUGCUUUGGAAAUGGUUGCAGCCUGCCUAAUGUACAAUGCUGUUCAUUUUUUAGAAGGCGAUCUAAUAGGCGGUUACUCUGCCUUUCGAAGCAUUCAAUGGGCUGUAUUGAAUCAUACUAAUCUUCAAAUAAGUUGGGAUUCAGAAAAGUUGGCCGCAGCUGGAGUACACAGCAUUGACGCAAGUGCGACACCGACUUCUAAAAGUGGCAACACUAUUAAGAAAAAGGAAAAAGUCGCAAGCGGAACUAUCACUCUCAGUGGAUUGCUGCCCAGCACCGAUUAUCAACUGAUACUAAAAGCAUUUCAUAGAAGUGCUUAUACUUUUGAAGGCAAAUUUAAAUUUACAACAGGGCAGGGUGUAAAAUGA